AUGAAUGACCUUUUAAGUGAACCAAGCGAAGGAGCAACUUCUAGUUUAUUAGCACAAAAGUCAAACCUAGAAAGACGCUUCCAAGUAGUAUUAGACCAAGUAACACCUUAUACACCUCAACGAUGGACUGGAACUGUGAUAGUACUAGUAUUAUUUAUGGCUCGUGUCAUUUUGGCAGAAGGAUGGUAUAUCAUUGCCGGCAUUUACAUGUUGAAUUUAUUUUUGGCAUUCUUGACACCCAAGUUUGAUCCCUCUAUUGAGUUGGAUGCUCAAGCGAGCGAAAUGGAAGAAGGACCCACUCUUCCUACGAAGAACGACGAAGAAUUCAAACCUUUUAUCCGUAGACUUCCUGAAUUCAAGUUUUGGUACUCUGUUACUAAGGCUGCAGUUAUCUCGCUGGUUUGUUCUUUUAUUCCAUUCUUUGAUAUUCCUGUCUACUGGCCCAUCCUAUUGAUGUAUUUCAUCAUUUUAUUCGGUUUAACCAUGCGAAGACAGAUCAGCCAUAUGGUAAAAUACAGGUAUAUUCCGUUCGAUUGGGGAAAGAAGCAUUAUAAUAACACAAGAAGAGUUUAG